GAACGAAGAUUGGCCCACGCGCCGCGCCGUCCGCCGUUGCUAAGGAGGGCCAGAGACGCGGCCUUUAGCAACGGGCCCUCUCCCGGCGCCUGUGAGGCCCCGAUGGCGGCCGCCGCUAGUCCCACCGUCUUCCUUCUCAUGGUCAAUGGGCAGAUCGAGAGCGCGCAGUUCCCGGAGUUUGACGACCUCUACUGCAAGUACUGCUUCGUGUACGGUUACGACUGGGCCCCUACUUCAGGUUUGGAAGAAGGAAUCUCGCAGAUCACUUCUAAAAACAGAGUCGCCCCGCAAGACCUGGUGUGGAAUUUCCCCAUUGACAUCACCUUCAAGAGCACGAAUCCCUUUGGCUGGCCUCAGAUAGUCAUAAGCGUGUACGGCCCUGAUCUUUUUGGGAAUGACGUGGUCCGAGGCUACGGAGCGGUUCACAUUCCUUUUACCCCGGGGAGGCACAAGAGGACCAUCCCAAUGUUCGUUCCUGAAUCGACGUCCAAGCUGCAGAAGUUUACAAGCUGGCUUAUGGGAAGACGCCCAGAGUUCACAGACCCCAAGGUCGUAGCGCAGGGAGAAGGCCGAGAAGUGACCCGGGUGCGCUCGCAAGGCUUCGUCACCCUCUCCUUCAACGUGGUGACCAAGGACAUGAAGAAGCUGGGCUACGAUGUGAGCCCUGCCAGCGCGUCCAACCCCUCGCUCACGUCGGUGGCAGGCGGCAUUCAAAACUACUGAACACCAGGUGGUUCCCGGCCUGCUUUGAAAGCCCGUAGGGUGAGCUGCCCCCCUGGCAAAGGUUUUUGAACUAGGGUCACUCAGCUCAGGCCUGUUGUAGUUGUCGCAGGACUAACAAGCGUGUCCCGAGGACCAUUUCAAACGUUCUGUUUCCAUGGUUCUAGGGCAGAGGUGCUGAGCUUAUAACCUAUAGCCUGUGUCUGAACCCCGUCCCCUGCCCCCCCCCCCGCCCAAGCAAUUUUGGGUCCUCCCCAAAUACCAGUUUUGCCUGCAGGGACAAAAUCAGCAGCAAGUAACGUGGUUAGCAGAGAGGUUUAAACUCAGCCCAGCAUUGUGCCAGUUUCACCCUCUUCAUAUGAACUGCAGAGCGGGCUGAGUUUUCCUUCCCUCUACCCAGUGCAGCAGGGAUAGCUAACAUGGUUGCCUCCAGGUGACUGCAUCUCCCAUCAUCCCUGGCCUUCUGGCCAAGCCUGAUGGGAGUUGGAGUUCCGACAACCGUAGAGCACUGACAAAGGGGCAUUCUACCCAAAGGAAUGUAGCAGGAUUCUGGAGGACACCAGGCAAUGGCAGAUGGCUCAUGUAAGGAAGGGUUCCAUGUAUGUAUAAAUGUAGUGCAGCAGGGAGCAAGCUUGCAGGCUUUGUUUUUUAGCAGCGCAGCACUUGAAAGGAUUACCUGCAGCUUAAAAUGUGGUUCGUUUUUUUACACCUCACAAGCCUACACGGUAGGAGGGUUGGCUUCACUGUCGUGCCACUCAGUUUCUCGUUUCUGCUUUGAAGGGUCGGCUAUCCCAUUAUGGCCGAGACAGAAAGUUUAGCACGCAGGAAGGGCUUACAAACUUGCCUCCUCUGUGCCAGCUACACUUAAGGCAUUUGCAAGUGUUCCUCUGCCCAGCUUGCAGUUUUCUUCAGGGGAAUGUUCCUGUAUAUUCCAAAGCACGUCCUGGCCCUAAUGCUCCAACCUCCCCAAGUUAAUCCUUUGCUUUUUGCACACACGUUACUCAUGCUUAAUGAUGUUUGGAAAGUUGGAGGUAAGAGAGAAUCUCUUUUUCUAGUUCUCUGACCGCCCCUUCUGGCACCUGAUUUAUCCCAUUUCAUCAGUAUUGCAGAGCUGGUUUAAAUUAGUCCUGCAGCAAACAAGUGGGCUUAAUGGCCAGCAUGGAUGAGGCCUGCAGGAAAGACAAGGGAAAUCAAGUACAAGGGAUAAGUUCGAAUAUUACUUGAAACUGGUUUCUUGCCGUAUGGGAAGUGAUAUUUUAAAAAUAAUGCCAACACUUAUUUAUGAAAGCAAUACCAUUCGCAAUUAAACAGAUGAGCUUAUUUAGAAUUUCCUACAUCAAAAUUGGUGCUUUGUAAAUUCCCACCAAGUUGCCCGGUGUACUUUGGAAGGGCCCUUGUACUUACACCAUUUUGUACAGUUUCUUUUUAAAUAAAGGAUUUCCACAUUUGUGGGGGCAGCUG